UCUUCUAAAAUUGCAAAGAUUUGCAAUGAUAUGGUGAAGCCAAAGGCCAGAACCACAAAGAUUUCCUCAGCUCUUUAGUUUUAACAACAGUGAACUAUCUAUCAACGCUCAUCAUGGCUAAAAGUGCAGAGGUCAAACUGGCAAUAUUUGGGAGAGCUGGAGUGGGCAAGUCAGCUCUUGUGGUGAGAUUCCUAACCAAGCGGUUCAUCUGGGAAUAUGACCCUACCCUUGAGUCAACCUACCGACACCAAGCAACUAUUGAUGAUGAAGUGGUUUCCAUGGAGAUACUCGAUACUGCUGGACAGGAAGACGCCAUUCAGAGGGAAGGGCACAUGCGAUGGGGGGAAGCCUUCGUGCUGGUCUAUGACAUUACCGACCGAGGAAGUUUUGAGGAAGUGCUGCCACUUAAGAACAUUCUAGAUGAGAUCAAAAAACCCAAAAAUGUGACUCUCAUCUUGGUUGGGAACAAGGCAGACUUGGACCACUCCCGACAGGUUAGUACAGAAGAAGGAGAGAAGCUCGCAACAGAGUUGUCAUGUGCUUUUUAUGAGUGCUCUGCCUGCACUGGGGAAGGAAACAUCACUGAGAUAUUCUACGAGCUGUGCAGGGAGGUGCGUCGCCGGAGGAUGGUCCAGGGCAAGACGAGGAGACGCAGCUCCACCACACACGUCAAGCAGGCCAUCAACAAGAUGCUCACUAAAAUCAGUAGUUAGAUAGCUCAGUUCCUACAGACGCACGUCAAGUAGUUGGAAACACCCGCCUAUUUCUUUCCUUCCCAGAAUGAAACGAAAUACUUCAUUCCUUGUUUUGAUUCUGAGAAAUGUUGGGGCAUCCUCCCCUUCCCAGCCUCUCAUGUGUUGGGAAGUUUUAGAGUAUUAUAGGCACUUGCUGUGUUGACAAUUUCCCUCUGUCCUGCUUGAAUAGAUAGACUUUAAUGCAGUUUGAAUAUACACUUCUAAUUUGGUUGGGUUCAUAUUCAGCUGUUUUUCGGCAUCUUCACCUUGCUUAAGCUUAAGUCCUUUCAGAGAUAGUCAUUUUUAGACUCCAUUUCAUCAAAGAUUACAAAUGAUUUCCUUAAAAGUCUAGGAUAACACAAAACACAGUAAAAGCACAGGACACUUAGUUAUUGUACCAGGAAAUAACGCCUUGUUAAGAUUUGAAGUGAGGAUUUUCAAAUUAUCUUAAAUCCAAACAUGUUGAAAUAUUUCCUUUGUAAUAGAGUUCAGGUUGAGCUACUUCUCUGACUCAAACAUUAUGUAAUUAUAACAGGCAGCAAGAGUUCUCAGUUCAAAUACUGCUAGACAGCUUCUCAUUAAUCUCAUGGUGAUACAAAAGCAUUAGGAAUCUUUCACCAAAGCCUAACUAUACAGAUAGUCUGAGUUACAGAAAAGAUCCAUUCCUAAGUGUACUUUAGGUCAAAAUUGUAGGUAAUUGGAACCAGUGCAUGCAGUUUUUAUUUAGCCAUACUUCAGUGCAAGACAGAAGUCCUGGUUGCAUAGCAGGUUACUUGUUGGUCUGUUAACCUCAAGGUCGGCAGUUUGAAACCACCAGCUGCUCCAUGGGAGAUAGAUGAGGCUUUCCACUUAUAAAUAUUUAUAGUUUGGAAACCCAAAGGGGCAAUUCUACUUAUGAUUCUAAAGAGUCACAAUGUGUAGAAUUGAAUAAAUGGCGGGGAGUUUGUUUUUUUGAGAUUUAGUGCAAGAAAUAGCUUGAAGCCUUUUCAAUGAUUUAAAAGCUGCACAUGCAAUAAGUGAAGGUGAUUGUGUUGAAGAAUUUGUUGUGAGAGGAGUAAAUUUGGUCCUUUCAGAGUGACCAUAAAUUUAUACAGCAUUGAGGGCAAGUAGGAGAUAUCCAUAACCCAGAGAUUUGCUCAAUAUAAAAUCCUAUUAGAGGGUCUAGAGUUAGACAUGCCAGAUUCAUUUCUCUCUACUUACCGCCAUGGUAGGAGGAUAAAACAAGAAAUAACAAGGAAGUUUAGCUAUCCCUUCAUUAGAGGGCCACUGUUCUGUGUCAGUCACAGACAGAAAAAUUAGCCUCUGACUUAUUGAGUUGACCACAUGACUUCAAUAUUUUGGGUAAAUUCAUCCAAUUGGGAGAAUACAGAAAAUAAUAGAUGGGUAAGUUUCAUUAUACUGGAAACAUGUUUGUAAAACAGAUUUUGUAUUGUAGAAGUAUAGUAGAUAACUGAUAAUGACUUUAUGGUUUUUUCCCUCCCUGUUAUGGCCCCUACAGAUUAAGAUUUGGGCACUUUAUUUUAGAAGAAAAUAUAUAUCUUUUACAUAUGUAUGUAUUUAUAAAUGCAUAGGUAUAUGUAUAAAAAUUGUAAGGGUUGGAAGCUUUAAUUCACCAAUGCAUUUGGAAAAUUUUGUGUAGCUGAUUUAAUUUUAUGUGAUUGUAAUAAAAAGCAUCAUUUUCA